CCUAUCAAUAUCCUCUAUCUCUACGAUAUCUGAUUUUUCAUUUUCUUCCUUAAACCCUUCUUCUCAGAAUUCUGAACCACAAAACCCCGCCAAAAAUCCACCGGAAACACAAAGUCUAGAGUCCGACCACUCCAAUCCGCCGGUCCGACGUCGUUUCACCCGACCCCAACCGCACUCAUCCAAUCCAAGUAUGUCUAUUCACUGAGCUUCCUAUAUUUUGCAAAACUCGUUUUUUCUUCCUCCGAAAAUGGCGCUAAAACUUCCCAUACAAUUCCCCAUUUUCUCCCCAAUCAUGAACCCGAAUCCGUUUCUCAACCCGCGCCACAACCGCUCUCCCUCGGAGCUCCGCUUCGCCCGAUGGAACAACGCAAACGCCGAGAGGUUCAACGAGCGCCGCAGGUCCCUCCAAGAUAUCGAGGACGAUAUCCGCCGAGAGCGCCGCUUCGAUUCCGCCACCAGGAUUGCCACUGUUUACGACUCUGCCUCUACCAGAACCACCAACGGCGACGACGGUUUUAAAUCCAUUGGUACACCUUCUUCUCCGUCGUCCCCUUCUAUCCCUGGUAAGAAGUCCAAGUACUCUAAGAACCCUAAUCCUCCCACCGAUUCGCAUCCGGCAUUUCGCCGGGCUCCGAAAUCCGCUAGGAAGCUAUCGAAAGUGACUAAAGAGAAGCCCGCAAGCGAUAGGGGAGCUCGUGUUCGGAUUGGUGAAGAUGGGAUGUCGUAUGUAAUUGACGGAGCUCCAUUUGAGUUCAAGUACAGUUAUACAGAGACUCCGAAGGUGCAGCCCCUUAAGCUCCGGGAGGCGCCUUACGCGCCGUUUGGGCCCACGACUAUGCCUAGACCGUGGACUGGUCGAGCCCCGUUACCUCCGAGCAAGAAGAAGUUGAAGGAAUUCGAUUCGUUUCAGCUGCCGCCGCCACAUAAGAAGGGAGUUAAGCCGGUACAGGCGCCGGGCCCCUACUUGCCAGGGUCAGGGCCAAAAUACGUGAUGUCAAGGGAGAAGAUAUUGGGGGAACCAUUGACGCAGGAGGAAAUUAAGGACUUGAUAAAUGGGUGUCUUAAAACCAGGAGGCAAUUGAAUAUGGGUAGAGAUGGCUUGACCCACAACAUGUUGGAUAAUAUACAUGCUCUCUGGAAGAGGCGGAGAGUUUGCAAAAUCAAAUGCAAAGGAGUGUGUACGGUUGACAUGGACAAUGUUCGCCAGCAGUUAGAGGAAAGAACUGGAGGAAAAAUUAUCUAUAGUAAAGGGGGAGUGAUAUUUCUUUUCCGAGGCAGAAACUACAACUACAGAACUCGACCGCAAUUUCCUCUCAUGUUAUGGAAACCUAUUACACCUGUAUAUCCUAGGCUAAUUCAGCGGAUUCCUGAGGGUCUGACCCCUGAAGAGGCAUUUGAAAUGCGCAAGAAGGGACAGAAUCUGAUACCAAUAUGCAAGCUAGGGAAAAAUGGUGUAUACUGUGACCUGGUAAAACAUAUCAGAGAAGCGUUUGAAGAGUGUGAACUAGUACGGAUUAAUUGCCAAGGAAUGAAUGGUAGUGACUACCGAAAGAUAGGUGCUAAACUAAAGGAUCUUGUCCCUUGUGUGUUGUUAUCAUUUGCAAAUGAGCACAUACUUAUUUGGAGAGGACGUAAUUGGACAUUCUCUCUCCCAAAACCAGAAACAGAUUCUUUGGAAGCCAAGGAAUCUGGUAUUAACUGUGAAGGUUCAGUGGCAUCACCUAUGGAAAACAAAGUAGUAACCACGAUCACAGGCUCAAUUAGUGAUUCGAGUUCUGAUUUGCUCAGUGCAAACACAAUGCAAAGAGGAUUUGAAGGUAUGGGUACAGAGGGAAAUGAGGAUUUAUCAUCUGUGCGGCAUGUUGAAGAAUGCUCUUCAACUGGUGAAGUUUCAAAUGAAGUAACGACAUUUGAAAUUGAAAAUAGAUCUGAUGUUCAAAGCCCUGUAGAUGAUGGUUCAGGAGCUACGAGGGAAAUGAACUACAGUGCAAGUAUAUUAGAUAGCUCUGGCACCACUGAUGUAGAGCCUACUAUUAAUACUGAUGCAUCUAGAACUGAAACCGUAUUGGAUAUAGGUCCUAAUGAUCAACUGUCAAUGACAAUGUCAGCAUCUGAUACCAUGCUGCCCAUUGUUGGUAGCAUUGAAACAAAGUUGGACCCCGCUGCAUCAGAUUCCUUAGCUCAUGAGAAGCAGCAAGUUACUUCAGAAGCUUUGCUAGAUGCGAGCCAGCCAGCAAAGAUUUAUGCACCUUGUACAGAGGGAGUAUUAUCACUCUUGCAACAAGCUGUUGAGGGUGGGAUGGCAAUUGUUUUAGAUGAUCCACAGUUGGAUGCUGACAUUGUCUACCAAAAGACAGUUGCGUUUUCUCAGUCUGCUCCCCCUGGCCCAGUCUUUAUGCUUCGACAGAAGAAAGUGCGGAUUAAAAAUGCUGAGGAUGAAGAGAACGAGAAGCUAAAUAUCAAGGACGUGGAACGAAAGAAGACAUUAACAGUAGGUGUGAAGGAAAGAAACACGAAAAAGGAGAUAUCAACAGUAGCUGCAAAGGAAAGAAACACGAAAAAGGAUUCGAAAAUUCCUAGGAAAAAAGAUUUUGAUGAACCUUUACAAAAUGUUGUACCUUUGGGAAGCUUAAGAAUUGAUGAACUAGCCAAGCUAUUAGCAUGAUGUAUAUCAUUUCUGAAAUGUUAUCAAUCACAUUCAUUCAUUGCCUUAAUUUAUAAAGUUCUGCAUUUUACUUUUAUGCAA